AGCUUAGUAAAGGGAUUAUCACCUGGCUCUUCUGCGCACAAGUGGGAGAGGGCCCUUCUGGACCUUGGGGCGGCAUCAAGGCCCAAGGCGAAGCACACACCCGAGGAUGGAGGGAAACCCUCGGGGGUAGGCCCCCGGUUGGGGGCCCAGCCAGGUCGCGGGUGUGGGGAAGCUUUCCGGCGGCAGGGCGCCACGUCACCUAACAGCUCCCCCUCCCCUCGCUCCAAGUCGCACGCGCGGAAGUAAACACCUCGACGUCAUCAGGGCGCGUCUUCGCCUUUCCCCUCCCAUCUCCCCAGAUCGGUGGACGUGCUCACCUCCGCUCCGGGCCAGGUCUAUGUCCCGGUUUCCCGCCGUCGCGGGCAGGGCGCCGAGGCGGCAGGAGGAGGGUGAGCGGUCAAUAGACCUUCAGGAAGAGCGGCCUUCGGCUGUUUCCAUCGCUGAUAGAGAAGAGAAAGGAUGCACAUCACAGGAGGGAGGAACUACUCCAACUUUUCCUAUUCAAAAACAAAGAAAAAAGCUUAUUCAAGCUGUGAGGGACAAUUCAUUCCUUAUUGUUACUGGAAAUACAGGAAGUGGUAAAACCACUCAACUCCCAAAAUAUCUAUAUGAAGCAGGGUUUUCACAACAUGGUAUGAUUGGGGUGACUCAGCCACGAAAAGUAGCUGCUAUAUCAGUUGCUCAGAGGGUUGCUGAAGAAAUGAAAUGCACUUUGGGAUCCAAAGUAGGGUACCAAGUUCGUUUUGAUGAUUGCAGCUCUAAGGAAACUGCAAUCAAAUAUAUGACUGAUGGAUGUUUACUGAAACAUAUUCUGGGAGAUCCAAAUCUUACCAAGUUCAGCGUCAUCAUUUUAGAUGAAGCCCAUGAGAGAACUCUAACUACAGACAUCUUAUUUGGCUUAUUAAAGAAAUUAUUUCAGGAGAAGUCUCCUAACAGGAAAGAGCAUUUGAAGGUUGUGGUGAUGUCAGCAACUAUGGAAUUAGCCAAGCUCUCUGCAUUCUUUGGAAAUUGUCCAAUAUUUGAUAUACCUGGAAGGCUUUAUCCAGUCAGAGAAAAAUUCUGCAAUUUGAUUGGCCCACGAGAUAGAGAAAAUACUGCAUAUAUCCAAGCGAUUGUGAAAGUGACCAUGGAUAUCCAUUUGAAUGAAAUGGCUGGAGACAUAUUGGUUUUCCUGACUGGUCAGUUUGAAAUUGAAAAAAGUUGUGAGUUACUUUUUCAGAUGGCGGAGUCUGUUGACUAUGAUUAUGAUGUUCAAGAUACAACUCUGGAUGGUUUGUUAAUAUUGCCAUGUUAUGGAUCUAUGACAACAGAUCAGCAGAGGAGAAUAUUUUUGCCACCUCCACCUGGAAUUAGAAAAUGUGUCAUAUCCACCAAUAUUUCUGCAACAUCUUUGACAAUAGAUGGAAUCAGAUAUGUGGUAGAUGGUGGCUUUGUGAAGCAGUUAAAUCACAAUCCCAGAUUAGGGUUGGAUAUCCUGGAGGUGGUUCCAAUUUCAAAGAGUGAGGCGUUACAGCGAAGUGGUCGAGCUGGCAGGACUUCCUCAGGAAAAUGCUUUCGGAUCUAUAGUAAAGAUUUUUGGAACCAGUGUAUGCCUGACCAUGUGAUCCCUGAGAUCAAGAGAACUAGUUUGACAUCUGUAGUUCUGACCUUAAAGUGCCUUGCCAUACACGAUGUUAUAAGGUUUCCCUAUUUGGAUCCACCUAAUGAGAGGCUUAUUUUGGAAGCUCUUAAACAACUUUACCAGUGUGAUGCUAUUGACAGGAGUGGCCAUGUGACCAGAUUGGGUUUGUCUAUGGUGGAAUUUCCUCUCCCUCCACAUCUGACAUGUGCAGUAAUCAAGGCUGCUUCUCUAGAUUGUGAAGAUCUACUACUUCCAAUAGCAGCAAUGUUGUCUGUGGAAAAUGUCUUCAUUAGACCUGUUGAUCCAGAGUACCAGAAGGAAGCAGAACAAAGACAUCGAGAAUUGGCAGCUAAAGCUGGAGGAUUUAAUGACUUUGCAACUUUAGCUGUCAUCUUUGAACAGUGCAAAUCAAGUGGAGCUCCAGCUUCGUGGUGCCAAAAACACUGGAUUCAUUGGAGAUGCUUAUUUUCAGCAUUUCGUGUUGAAGCUCAACUUCGAGAACUAAUCAGGAAGCUUAAACAGCAAAGUGAUUUCCCAAGAGAGACCUUUGAAGGCCCUAAACAUGAAGUACUACGGAGAUGUCUUUGUGCAGGCUAUUUCAAAAAUGUAGCUCGAAGAUCUGUUGGGAGAACAUUUUGCACAAUGGAUGGGCGUGGAAGCCCAGUCCACAUUCAUCCUUCCUCAGCACUUCAUGAACAAGAAACCAAACUCGAAUGGAUCAUUUUUCAUGAGGUAUUAGUUACCACCAAAGUCUACGCAAGAAUUGUGUGUCCAAUCCGUUAUGAAUGGGUGAGAGACUUGUUACCCAAGUUGCAUGAAUUUAAUGCACAUGAUUUGAGCAGUGUGGCCCGACGUGAAGUGAGAGAAGAUGCAAGAAGGAGAUGGACAAAUAAGGAAAAUGUAAAGCAUCUAAAGGAUGGAAUCUCAAAAGAAGUCCUAAAGAAAAUGCAAAGAAGAAAUGAUGAUAAGUCCAUAUCAGAUGCACGUGCUCGUUUCCUUGAGCGAAAGCAGCAGAGGUCCCAGGAUCACAGUGACACACGGAAGGAAACAGGCUAAGCAGUGAAUCCUCCAAUUCAGGAAGUAGGAAAAGCAGCCAGGAAAUGUGCUUCUACUUUGACAUUUAUAUUAAAUAGCACUACCAAGAGGAAGGGGUCAGCAGCUGUUAUUAGCAUAUGAGCUAAAAGCAAAUCAAAGUUCACCAAUACCAAUAAAUGGAAUUUUCAAAGAAAAGAUUGAGUUGCCAUAGUCCUAGGCAAUGAUAUACAAAACCAAUGAAAGACAAUACAUGUGAUAUUUUCCUCACUUCGAUUUUGCUGGCCUUAACUGGUAUCAAAUGCUGUCACUGAGGUAUUUUCAAAGAACAUUGAAUUGUAUUUAAUCAGCGUGUAUUCCAUUUGCAUUUGAAGCAUUAAAAAUUAUUUUCCUUAAAUCUCUUUAAAGCCUUCUUGUUGCUAUUAGAAUAGUAUUAUAUCAAGUUAUCAGGUAUGUGACCAUUUCCUUCAGAAGGCUAAACAUAAGAGGUUUUUACUCAGCAAUACUUAGAUGUCUAACUGUUUAAUUGCUACAGAGCUUUAUAGAUAUUUAGAGAAAAGACUUAAUCAACUAGUAAAUAAGAAAAUUGCCUAUGGCAAGAUUCUUUGUUGAAUUAUUAUUAAUCCUUAAAUUGAUUUUUCUGGGAUUAUACAAAUUCCUUUUUAUAUAAAAAUAUAUUGUUUAAAACAGUAGCUAUAGCCAUUAACCAAAGGACAGAUGAUAUAUGUAUUUUUUUUGUUUUGUUUUUGUUUUUGUUUUUUAGCUGUCCCUACAUACUUGUAUCAGCACCACGUAUGUAGGCAUGACAGUUGCAAACAGCCCCUCCACCUGGCCUAGUCUCUUGCCUCCAGCUGCUUGGGUAUGACCAUUUAAACAUCUGUUAUGCUGAUCUUGAGAUGGGAUUUUUUUCAAAGCAGCCAACACCAGAUCACCAGUGUUUCAAAUUGGAACCUUGAGGCUAGUUAUGUCACACUCAGGCCACAGUCAGCACUUGCCCCUCUGUUGUUUACUGCCUUGUAUUCUAGUUAUUUGUGUAUUUGUCUGUCUCCCCCACUAGAUUAUACGCUCCUUGUGGGCAGGGACUAUGUCUUUUUCAUAUCUGUAUCUUUCAUGGCACCUAGCACAGUGCUUUGCACAUAGUAGUCUCUCAAUGUUUGUUAAAUAAAGCUAUUAGUGUCAUUAAAAUUCAAAAGGCAGUAUAAUGUGUGUUUUUAGAUAUUUUUUUGUAAAAAUUAAGAAUCUAAAUUUUUUAUAGGUAACUAUUUUGCAGUUAUUUCCUUUGGUGUCUAAACAGUUUUCUGUUCAAUUCUAGAAACUUGAGCCUUUAUUGAAAAAUCACAUAAGGACCCAAUCUCUGUGUUUGUUCUUUUUUUUUUUUUUAAUGUUUAUUUACUUUUGAGAGAGAGACAGAGAUGGGGACAGAGACAGAGCACAGCAGGGAGGGGCAGAGAGAGGGAGAGACAAAGAAUCCCAAGCAGGCUCCAGGCUGUGAGCUGUCAGCACAAAGCCUGAUGUGGGGCUCAAACUCAUGAACCGUGAGAUCAUGACUGAGCUGAAGUUGGAUGCUUAACAGACUGAGCCACUCAGGCACCCCUCUCUGUAUUUGUUCUUAAAGUAAGGUUAGCGAUGAUGGUUCCUCUAACAUUCCCUGUGUGGUUAAUUCGUUCAUUGUAAUCUCCAGUGCUGUUGACACUGUCAGUACAUUAGUCUUACCAGUUUCUCUUCUCAGGUAUAUUUAUCAAUGUAUUUUCUUUUUUCUUUUUUUAAUAUUUAAAAAAAUAUUUAUUUCUUUAUGAGAGAAAGAGACAGAGAGACAGAGAGAGAGUGUGUGUGAGCCAGGGAGGCACAGAGAGAGAGGGAGACAAAGAAUCCAAAGCAGGCUCCAGGCUCUGAGCUGUCAGCACAGAGCCCGACACAGGACUCAAACCCAUGAGCCAUGAGAUCAUGACCUGAGCUGAAGUCGGAUGCUCAAUCAACUGAGCCACCCUAGCGCCCCUCAGUGUAUUUUUUUAAAUGUGGGGGUAUAUGUGGAUUCCUAGCAUGAAAGCUCUUUCAUUUUAAUAAAUGUUACGCACACAUUCUAAAUCUAUAGUCCAUACUCAAAUUUCAUCAGUUGUCCCAAUAAUGUCCUUUAUAAAUUUUCCCCCAGUUCAGGAUCCCAUCACAAAUUGUGUAUUGUAUUUAAUCUCUUUUAGUCUGCAAAAUGUCCUCAGUCUUUCUUGUUCUUUCACAUUUAACAUUUUGAGUAACAUUUGUGACACUUUUUAGUAAUACAGGCUAAGUUAUAUAUUUUUAAAAUUCUUUUUAAAUUUUAUUUUAGAGAGAGCACAAGUGGGGGAGAGGGGCAGAAAUAGAGAGGGAGAGAAUCUUAAGCAGGCUCCAUGGUCAGUGUGGAGCCUGAUGUGGGGCUCGAUCCCAUGACCCCAGGAUCAUGACUUGAACCGAAAUCAAGAACCAGACACUCAACUGCCUGAGCCACCCAGGCACUCACAGGCUGUUAUUUUAUAGAAUGUCUUCAAUUUGGAUUUCUCUAAUGUUUCCUCAUGGUUAUGCAUUUUUUAUUAGAAUACUGCAUAAUGUCUUUCCUCAAGCAUCAAAUCUGGAGGUAUGGUAUAUGCCCCUUAUUAGUGAUAUGAAUGUUUUUUAAUUUUUUUUUAUGUUUAUUUAAUCUUGAGAGAGAGAAAGACAGAAUGAGCAGGGAAGGAGCAGAGAGAGAGGGAGACACAGAAUCCAAAGCAGGAUCCAGGCUCCUAGCUGUGAGUACAGAGCCUGACACGGGGCUCAAACUUACAAACCUGAGCCGAAGUCGGACACUCAGUCUACUGAGCCACCUAGGUGCCCUGGUGAUAUUAAUUUUGAUUACUUGGUUAGAGUAUAUUGAUUUCUUCAUUGUAGUUACUCUUAUAAUUAAUAAGUAAUUUCAGGAGGGAUAUGUUGAAAUUAUGUUAAAUAGCCUGUUUCUUAUAAAUUAUCAUCCUCUGGAUUUAUCAUCAACUGAUGAUUCUUGCUGAAUCAGUUUUAUUUUUAUGGUUGCAAAAUGGUGAUUUAUUUUUCCUAAUUCUUUUUUUUAAUAUAUUUAAAAUUAUUUUAUUUUAUUUUAGAGAGUGUGCACAAGUUGGGGAGAGGGGCAGAAGGAGGGAGAGAGAGAGGGAGAGAGAGAGAGAGAAUCUCAAGUAGGCUCCACACUCAGCACAGAGCCUGAGGUGGGGAUCAUGACCUGAGCCAAAAAUCAAGAGUUGGACGUUCAACCGACAGAGCCACCCAAGUGCCCCCAAAUUCUUUCCUAUAUUUAUUUGUUUGCAUUAUAUUAUGAGAAAGAGCUUUCUUUGAAGAAUUUCCAAUAAACAGAUGGGAGUUAGUAUAUAGAUCAAGACAGAGAAUUUAAAAAGCCCAGGGGCUAUUUGAGAAGGGUAGCAAACAGUCUCUUUAUUAGGUGCAUGGAUUGUAUGUAAGAAAGUAACAGGCUGAAAAUGUUGGUUGAGAACAGAUUAUGGAAGGCUUUGGAAACCAAGUUAUGGCAUUUUGACUCAUUUUGUACUAUAUGAAUUUAUUAAAGCUUUAAGGUAAUUGUGACAAGAGUUCCUGUAAAAAGAAUUGAUUUCCAGGGCACCUGGGUGGCUUAGUCAGUUGAGCGUCUGACUCUUGAUUUCGGCUCAGGUCAUGAUCCCAGGGUCAUGGGAUUGAGCCCCACUUAAGGCUGCACACUGAGCGUGGAGCCUGCUUAAGAUUCUCUUUCUCUCUCCC